CCCCUCCCACUUCCUCCUCCCUCUAUCUCCCCUGUAUUUUGGACCCUGGUGCUUGUCCACUCCCGGACUCUCUCUUUCUCUCUAUCCGUGUGUGGGUUUCUUCACAAUCUGGUCUUCUUCUCUCUUCCAAACUCCCUCUCUCGAGCUCCUUCUCCUUCUGGUAGUAGAAAACUGCGGCUUAACUAAGCUCCGCUGUCAUCAAAGAGCCACCUUGACAUGGUUUUUCGGUGACUCAACGGAAGGGAUCUGAAUGUGAUUAUAGUUGGAGUAGGGGGCUGAUGAUAUCUCCGGCGGCCAUUCCAUUUUUAAAGAACCCGCUGGACUGUGACAAAGGAGCAAAAUUUAGAGCUUUGAAGUAAGAGGAGCGUGUCUGCAACUUCCAAAUUCUAGAAGGAUUUGAAUCCAUUGAGGCUUAAAUACUAGAAACUGAAGAUGAUUGUCGAUAAGGUAGCAUCUGAUGAAGAGAAGGGCGAGGGCAGUUGUGUAUUGGUGGGACUCUCGCUGGAUGCCAAUGGCAGAGAUAUGCUCAAUUGGGCCCUCAGCAAAGUUGCCAAGCAGGGCGAUCGUGUCGUGGCAGUUCAUGUCUGUCGCGAUUCAGAACCCCGCAACAGCUCCACCAUUUCUCUGAUCGAAGUCUUAGAUGACCACUUGGCAAUAUAUGAAGACUUGUGUAAGCUGAAGAAAGUAGUUCUUGUGGGCCGGAUCUCUCCAGGAAAUUCUAUUCGUGAAGUCCUAGUGAAGGAGGCCAAACUCUGUUCUGCCGUGACAGUGGUGAUUGGAGUCAACAAGAACUAUUCAUCUGGGGGUUCAGCUUCUGUCGCCAAAUAUUGUGCCAAGAAACUCCCUCCAAGCACUGCUUUAAUUGCAGUUCACGAUGGAAAGGUGAUAUUUGAAAGGGAAGCUACCAAACCACCUUCAGGAGGAGAACCGAAGGUGACUCUUCGUAGUGUGCUGCAUCCGAGUGUUGGUUUGGAUCCCAAAGUUAUUUUCCCAAGUUCGAAGGUUAAGCUUGAAACAGCUACCCUUAGGAUCUCCAAAGUUGGAUAUAGAGGUGGACUUAAGGAAGAGGGUUCAAACGAUCAGGGACUUCUGGUUAAUGUGAAGAUGGCAGAGGUUAGACCAAGCUCAAUUUCAGUUCUAGUGAGAAGGUUGCCAGAAAAUAGGCUUGGUUGGCCUCUACUACAAAGAGCAGUUUCAGCAAACACAGAAGCACCAAAGGAUGAUGAAGACCGGAAAAUGUCAGUAGUCCGGUGGGUUAUGAACCUACCAAACAGAACUUUGCCAUCUACUCAACCUCAUAUGGAACUAAUUAAGGAAUUGAAAGUAAUCUUAGGAGCAAAUACCUCUGGUUGCCAAUGGUUUCGAUACGAGGAACUUCAGAAUUCAACUGAUCAGUUCUCUUCAGAGAAUUUGAUCGGAAAAGGAGGGAGUAGCCAAGUUUACAAAGGUUGCCUUCCUGAUGGUCAGCAAGUGGCUAUCAAAUUAUCAAAAUUUUCUGCAGAUGCAUCGAGAGACUUCCUUUUGGAAGUUGACAUCAUCACUAAAUUACGGCACAAGCGCAUAGUGCCAUUGAUGGGCAUUUGUGUGGAGAACAACCACCUUAUUUCUGUGUACAGCUACUUCUCUAAAGGAAGUUUAGAGGAAAACCUCUACGGUAAAGGAGUCGAGGCACCACUACCAUGGGACAUGAGAUUUAAGGUGGCAAUGGGGGUUGCUGAGGCCCUAGGCUACCUUCACAGUGGCUGUUCUCAACCAGUAAUUCAUAGAGAUGUCAAGUCCUCAAACAUUCUUCUCAAUGAUGAAUUUGAGCCUCAGUUAUCUGAUUUUGGCUUAGCUACAUGGGCACCAACAACUUCAGCCUACGUAACACAUGGUGAUGUUGUUGGAACUUUUGGGUACCUUGCUCCUGAGUACUUUAUGUAUGGGAAGAUUAGUGAAAAGAUUGAUGUCUAUGCCUUUGGAGUUGUUCUACUUGAACUGCUAUCAGGAAGAAAACCAAUCAACGAUGGCAAUCCCAAAGGCCAAGAAAGUCUGGUCAUGUGGGCAACACCAAUACUAGAGAGAGGGGAUGUUAUGAACUUAGUGGAUCCCAAUCUUGACGCGAAGCUUGAUGAGGUUCAUAUGAGAACAAUAAUUUUAGCUGCAUCUCUUUGCAUUAGAAGGGCCGCUAGUCUCCGACCUCGAAUGAGCCAAAUACUGAACCUUCUCCAAGGUGUAGAAGAUAUUGAGGCUUGGAUGAACUGCCACAUCGAUACUACACUCAACGAGUUGGAUUGUCAGGAUGAGGAAACCUAUCCAGCUUCAAGCAUCGAGACACAUUUAGGCCUUGCAUUGCUUGAUGUGGAAGAUAAUGCAUCGGUCGCUAGCUUCGAACAGAGCCAACUUGCUCACUUGGAGGAGUACCUACGAGGAAGAUGGAGUCGCUCUUCAAGCUUUGAUUAGCUUCUUCUCAGACGGCUAUGACAAUUGUUUUCUUCUGUUCACUUUGCAUGCUUUUGGGCAUGUUUGUACAGUAUUAAGGCCAGCUGCAAACUUUGCAUUGUGCUGCUUAGGUUUACACAAGCUUCCAAAGAAGAUAACAACAUGAUAAUAGGAGAAACAUCAGCAGGGCAAAGAGACCAAUAUCCAUGAAUACCUCUUACCAUGAUGUCAAACGCGACUCAUGGUUAGUUUUGUUAUUUAUGCCUGAAUUGGUUCUUCCUUCAAGCCUAUGCACUUCUUUAUGAUUUUAAAAUAAAAUUAGGCAUAUUUUCAAAUGCCUGAUUUCUAGUCUUAAAUGCAGCGCAGUAUGAAUCAUGGCAAUGUGAGCAAUCUCGUGUGUAAAUGUAUUCUCCACAUCACGCAACGUAAGGUUUCGAUUGCAGACUCUUGAUGACCUUUGCUUCUUAGUACCUCCUGCUUAGACAGUUUAUUAGUGGGGGCUUCUGCUGGAUGCUUUGGAUAAGGAUCGGUUGAAGUUAAAGAAAUUAUCCUUCUUUUCGACUUCUCAAAGUCUUUCCAACGAAUGUAGCGAUCCUUAAUGAAGUGCAUUCUAAUCCAGUUGAUAACUGAACUGAGAAGUAAACCAAUACUAAUUUUACCUUACAGAUGUCUCUUGGCCCGAUCAGGCUGCUACCUGGAAAUUCAUUGAUAUUUCAGGCCUGAUCUUAUCUUCUACAAGUUCGGACGCAUGGCCUCUCCUGAACUGAUGAUACAAGUUCGGAGAGAAACCACUUCAAGGGAACCAUGAUCAAAUGAGUGGUGUCAUAUCAGAAUUAUUAGUACAUCGAGAAAUCCUUCCCAUCCCUUUUCCCCUUCAAAUUAUUAAGGCAGCCAGAAAAGGCCAAAAAGAUAUUCUCCCUGCCUCCCCCUCUGUGCAUAAUUUCCCCUCCAUGCAAUCACUUGCCUUGCCAUCCCCAACCAGCCUGCACACUCCACAACGCCACAAAACUGAUGUACACAGCUAUUUUUCAUUUAACCACCUCUCUGACGAACAAUUUCAUAACCAAAUAUCAACAAGUAUUUUACCCAAAAAUAAUUGUAACCACAGGUAAACAUGAAAGGUCGGUUCUCACGAAAGCAACAUCAGUCAGGUUAAAAGAAAACUGGUGUAUCGGAGGACCCUGGAAAAGAAUGAGCUAUCGCACGAAUUAGAUAUUAUUCAUAUGCUGCCCAACUUAAACCCUAAAUACAAAUUGCUCUCAACUGCACCAUUGGAAAAAAAAAAUGCGGAAGAAAAAUUGCUUCCUUUCCCAGCCUCACCUCUUGUAUUUAUAUAAAAUGCUCUCAUACAGCAAGCAUGUUUCUCAACUACAACAUGGAAUCACGGAAAG